CCUAGUUCUAUUUAUUAAUUCUUUCUCUGGAAUUCUUUCUUCGUGUGUCCUUUAUUUUUAAUUUGUGUAUGUGUAAGAGUCAAAAUGACGUUCCCUUAAGAAUUUCGGGUAGGAUACAGUGUCAAUCAUGCAUAAAACACCAGACUCUUUAGUCGAUCCCACGCCCAGACGUCUAGGAAAAGAAAGAGGACUAGGUGAGGUCUAGGUAACAGUCUUACUCAACAAAUCUUCGGGAGACACAAACUCAUUCACACACGGAGGCAGGCUGUGCUCUGGUCAUGGACGAGGAGAGGGCAUAUGGGCUGGGGCCACAAUUACGCCUUUGUAACCUCAGACCUCUACCCGGGUGGAGGUAAUCCGACCCUGUGGUGGGCUGAAAUGACAAGAUGGCAGUGGGGUGCUUUUGGUCUAUCCUAAAUCCAUUCUAGGGUUGGCCUCUCUUCCCCUUUAUAGUUAAAGGGUCCCACGUCACAAGUUUACCUCUAUCUGGAAACCAAAUGGUUUUUCCCUCCUUCUUCCCUAAAUGACCUGUUACUGAGAGGGGGAAACAUAGAUGUCCAGGUUCGAGUAAUCCCUCGGUCUUCCUUCUCUAGGAGAGAAACCCCAAAACCCCUUUGCGAGUUUCUUCUCAUGGGAAGUCAGUCCAUAGAAUCCAGGGGGUCUGAGAGUCGGAGAAAGAUCUCCAGGGGCCAGCAGGGGCACAGCCCCAGCUGAACGGGCUGGAUUUCCUAGUGACAGUUUAGCUAGGCUGUAGCCUGGCAGAAAAGGCGUAUGUGCUGUCCCCAGAAUCCAAGCUCAUCACCUGGCUGUUGGAUACUUUGACGUCACACGGUGCAAGCAGCUUGUCCCCGACUGGAGCUGGAGGGUGUGUGUGUGUGUGUGUUGGGGGCGGGGGGGGGAGUGAAGAAUGAGCCCAGCCGCCGGCGGUCAGUGUCUGACCGUGGCAUCCACGGCUGCUUAGACGGUCUCUGCCCAGCGCCCACCUAUGAGUGUCACCUGUGGAGGCCCUCUGGCACCCGGAGCUCCUCCAAAUGCGGGUGGCACAGUUGGUGGGCGACUCCUCUGCGGUCUUGGCUGCCCCCUGGCCAUUCUGCCAAUCAUUAUAAACCCUGACCCCGGCCCUGGAGUCGGGGAUGCGCCGCCGUAGAGGCGGGCCUUCGGCGUCCACAAGCCAAUCACCGUGCUGCCGGCUGAUCAAUUUCAGCUCGGUCAGUUUCCCCUCCCCCCACCACUACCUCCCCAGGACUCUUCGGCUGACUCUAGAACCGGCUGGGCUCGGCAGUCUAGGCCCCGGAGGACGCAGGCUUGGACCCCGGGGGGAAGGAGUCAGGAAGGGGCUGCGACAGGAGGGAGGGCUCCCUUUUGACCCGAGGGCCUCCGCCCCCUUGGCGCCUUGGUACUGGCCCCCGGACCUUCCGCCAAGGUCGGUAGUGGGUGCUCCGACUUGCUACAGACAAGGAAACUGAAGAUCCCCAAGAAGGAAUUUCGAGCUGAGCCUCCGAGGCGUCCCGGUGCGACCACCUCCUUUCACAGCGGAGGAAACUGAGGCUCUCCGAGGUGAAGGGACGCGGCCCGGAGGUCCGAACCGCUAUUUGAACUCAGGGCCGCUCGAUGCAAACCCUCCUCGGUACCCCCCGACCCAGGACCAUCCCCUGAGCCGGCGGCGAAACUGAGGCUCGGACAGGCGUCAGGGUCUCUGUGGCCGCAAAGAUCAAGCGAGGCUGCGUAAGGAAAGUGACUUCAGUUUCCCUUUUCGUUAAAGGGCGUGAGCGCGUGCGCACUGUCUCCCCUCCCCACCUAGCCGCUCCUGGGAGAGAUGGUCAGGUCACAGAGCAGAUCCCGGGCAUCAUCCCACCAGGGAGCUGUGAGCUUCAAGGAUGUGGCUGUGGUCUUCACCUGGGAGGAGUGGGGGCGUCUGCAUCCUGCGCAGCAAGACCUGUACAGGGAGGUGAUGCUAGACACCUAUGAGGUCCUCGUGUCCCUGGGACUUUUGGGCUGCAAACCCGCUGUGAUCUCCCGGCUGGAGAGGGGAGAAGCACCAUGGAGGCCAGAAAGAGGAGGCCACCAAAGCUGCUGUCCAGAUUUCUGUAAACAGAUGGAGAGCUGUCCAACUGAAGAGUUGACUCCAGAAGAGAACACUUCUGUAAGAGAAUUAUCCACACAAAGUUUUGCAAAGGAUGGCAUCUGGGAUUCCAGAUUUGGGGAAGCCUGGGAAUUUCCUGUUUGGUUAAAGAGACAGAAUGGGAGCAAGAAGAGACAAUCCAGGCAGCUAGCCAUCACCAGUGAAAAAACUGGUCAUCCUUCCAAUGAACAUACUACAUUGGAGCAAAGCUUCAAUGUGCAAUCACCCUUGAAUUCAUUGCCAGGGAUUUGCACAGGAAGAAGUUUCCAGAAAUGUGCUACAUAUGGAAAGAGUUUCAAACCAUUUUCUGACCUGAUUCAGUUGAAUAGAAUCUCCUCAGGGAAGAAGGUUUGUAAGUGUAGUAAGUACAGUGAUUCCUCCAGUUAUUGUCCAGAUCCUAUUCAGCAUAAAAGAAAGCACACAAAUACAAAGUUAUUUGAAUGUCAUGAUUGUGGGAAAGUCCUUGGGAAUAGCUCAUCCCUAAGGAAACAUCAGCUAAUUCAUACUGGAAAUAAACCCUUUGAGUGCAGUGAGUGUGGGAGAGCAUUCACUCAGAAAGGAAACCUCACUAAACAUCAACGAAUUCAUACUGGAGAAAAGCCCUUUGAAUGUGAUGAAUGUGGGAAAGCUUUCAUCCAGAGGGGAAGCCUUAUUGAGCAUAAGAGAAUUCACACUGGUGAGAAGCCCUUUACAUGUAAUGAAUGUGGGAAAAGCUUCAACCGGAAGACAAACCUUAUGGGACAUAAGAGAAUUCAUACGGGAGAAAAGCCAUAUGGAUGUAAUGAUUGUGGGAAAACCUUUAGCAAUCGUUCAGCCCUCAGGACACAUCAGAAAAGUCAUACUUCAAAGAAAACCUUUGAGUGCAGUGAAUGCGGUAUGUUUUUUAACCAAAGAGGGAACUUUACCAUGCAUCAGAGAAUUCAUUCCAAAGAGAAAUUCUUCGAAUGUGGUGAAUGUAAGAAAACCUUCAGCCAGAGGGAAAGACUUAUUGAGCACAAAAGAAUUCAUACUGGAGAGAAAUUGUACAAAUGUAAUGAUUGUGGAAAAGUCUUCAGCAAAUGCAUGUCCCUCAAGAGGCAUCAGCUAAUUCAUACUGGAAAGAAACCGUUUGAGUGCAGUGAAUGUGGGAUAGCUUUCAAUCAGCGGGGCAACCUCAUUAAGCAUCAGAGAACCCAUACGGGAGAAAAAGCUUUUGAUUGCAAUGAAUGUGGGAAAGCCUUUAGUCAGAGGGUAACCCUUAUUGAGCACAUGAGAAUUCAUACCGGAGAGAAACCUUUCACUUGUAAUGAAUGUGGGAAAAGCUUCAACUGGAGGACAGUUCUCACUGAACAUAAGAAGAUUCAUACUGGAGAGAAACCUUAUGAAUGUAACGAAUGUGGGAAAACCUUCAAGAGUACCUCAACCCUUAGAUCCCAUCAAUUAAUUCACACUGGAGAGAAACCCUUUGGGUGUCGUAUAUGUGGAAAAGCCUUUAGCCAGAAAGGAAACCUCACCGUACACCAGAGAAUUCAUACUGGUGAGAAGCCCUUUGAAUGUAAUGAAUGUGGAAAAGGCUUUGACCGAGGGGCAUCCCUUAUUGAACAUAAGAGAAGUCACACUGGAGAGAAGCCAUAUGGAUGUGAUGAUUGUGGGAAAGCCUUUGCCACAGGCUCAUCUCUCAGGUCACACCAGAUAAUUCACACUGGAAAGGAACUCUUUCAUUGCCCCGAAUGUGGGAUGACAUUUAGGCACUGUGGAAAUCUUGCCACACAUCAGACAACUCAUGCCAGAGAGAAACCCUCUGAAUGCAAUGAAUGUGGGAAAUCCUACAAUCAAAAGGGAAUCCUUACAGAACACCUGAAAAUUCACACUGGAGAAAAACAAUAUAAGUGUAAUAAUUGUGAAAAGACCUUCCUCAUAAACUCCUAAUGUAGGAGCCAUCAUCAAAUUCACAUUGGAAGAAAACUCUUUCAAUGGAAUGACUGGGGAAAGGCUUUCAGUAGCAGCACGUCCCUCAUGAGGCAUCAUUAAGAUUCGCUUGGGAAAUCAACCUUUUGAGUGAAAAUCCUGUGGGAAAAUCUUUGACCUGAGGGUAACUCUUACUGCAUAUCACCAGUUGCAUCAUGGAGUAGAAUCUUUUUGGUUGCAAUGGACCCAGAGAGGCUUUUUACCAACAACCUUUCUAUAUCAGAGAAUUCAGAGUGAAAAGAAAUCAUAUGAUUGUGAGUGGUUAAAGGAAAGAUUUUCUUCCUGCAUCAGGAGGAAGUGGAGAAUGCCAAGGAGAGAGAAAAAGAAUCUGUAAGUCGUUCAUCACAGCUGAAAAUUAAGUCAUUAUCUGGAUGAAGGAGCUGGUAUUAUAGCUCAUGACCUCUGAUUUUCCGUAACUGUUCAUAACUUCACAUAAUCAGGGUCGCCCUGAUUAUGUUGUCAUAAAUUGAUGAACAAGUUUAAUUGUGAACUCUGCUCUUUUGGCUAUAAAUAUGCUUGUUACCAUUGACCAAUGGAUUCCAUCAUACUUAAAAGCUUAAAAUAGUUCCUGUAGUAGAAACAAAUUCCAGAACCUGAAGGAAAGCCUUAUUCAACCUAAGUAACCCUUCCUUAGAUUCCUCCCUAUUCUUAUCUAGUUUUCCUUACCCUGCCUAUUAAAUCCUCCUACCUUUUUAUUCCCUCCAGUGAUAAAGUUAUGGUACCACAGGACUGAAACACAUGUAGAAGCCUUUGUAUUGCAACUGAUCCAGCCAGUGGCUGAGACUAAUUUGGUUUGGGAGUUAGGCAGAGAGGACCAGACUUAGGGAGUGUCUGCAGAACUUGACCAGUCCCUUUCACAUCAGGUUAUGCUCUUGACUGCUGGGCCUGGCUAUUCCAGUUGAUCCAAAGAUACAAUAAAAACUGAGGAAGCAGCAGGACUGCCCUCUAAAGGAAGCUGAAAGCAUCAGGUCAGUAUUUAAUAAACAUUUGUUGAAUUGAA